UGGAUAAAUUGUAUUCAAAAAGGUACAAGGUGAAUCCUAUAGCAUGUGAAAUAAAUCGUUUUGUCAAACUCACCCGAGAAGACCAGUUCUGCCCAGUUUCAGCCUCCUAGUCAGACAUGGCCAUAGGGCUUAUAGCCUAGCCAAAGUGUACAUGCAACCUAUGAUAGGUUUGACCCGCAUGUAAAUCUGUCAGAAUCAUGCCAACAGGUUACGAGUUAUGCUUCAUCAUCCGCAUGAUGCCAAAGGCUGACCUGGUGUCAACCAUCAAGAGGACAGCAGAAUUCAUCAUGAAUCAUGGAGGGUAUCUUAGGAAGAUUGAGAGCCUUGGAACAAGAAAGCUACCAUACCGAAUGUGGAAGACAGGGCUCAGCCACAGAGAGGGCAAUUAUAUCCUGAUGGAGAUAGACUCCAGAUCAAAGAGCUUGGCAGAAAUGGAAGACUACUUCAAGAGAGAUGUCGACCUUGUGAGACACCGUGCCAUUGCAGUCAAAGAGGAACCUAAGUUUGAGUGCACUCUUGAAGAUGAGAUGCUGCCUCCACCUUACAGCCGAGAAGCUGUGAUUUACAUGUUUCAGCAAGGUCAUUCACCUGCAAAGAUCAUCAAGGAGCUGAAACUGCCACGAUCCAUUGCCUGCUACAAGGAACUUGGUACAACUCAGGAUUGA